CAAGAACCAAAACAGAUGAUCAAGACAUUCACAUACGGCACAUCCAACCCGGUUUACGUCGAGUUUCAUUCAUUUGCAAGAAAAAUGAUAGUCUUUUCGACAUUCGUAUUACUUCAUUGCCGUUGAAAGGACCAAAGUCAUCAGAAAUAUUGCUGAAGACUUCAGAGCAGAAUGCUUGAAGGUCUAGCAACAUGGGUACUCAACAACUACUUAGGAAAAUAUCUGGAAAAUCUGAACACUGAUCAGCUAUCCAUUGGACUUUUGAAAGGUGAAGUAGAACUCGAAAAUGUGCCACUGCGCAAAGAUGCCCUCCGUCACCUUGACAUGCCCGUGGAAGUGCGGGCAGGGUUUGUGGGGAAGGUCAAAUUACAAAUCCCGGUGUCACGCCUCCGCUCUGAACCCUGGGUCAUUAUCUUUGAACAGCUAUACCUUGUGGCUGGCCCGGUCAAGUUGGAUGAGUAUGAUGAAGAGGCAGAGGAGGCUGCCUCCCAGGGCCGCAAACUUGCCCAGCUUGACCGGCUGGAGGCAGCUUGGAGGGCAGAGGAGGAGGCACGGGAGGAAGCUUCUCGCUAUGCCAAUUCCUAUUCAUCCUGGCUCAGUUAUGGAACUUCUUUUAUGACAAACAUCAUUGAGAACAUUCAGCUAAAGAUCCAGGACGUCCACCUGAGGUAUGAAGACGACCAGAGCAUCCCUGGGCAGGUGUUUGCAUGUGGACUCACCAUUGACUCCCUCGCUCUCCAGAGUUCGGACGACCAUUGGAUCCCCAGAUUUGUGUAUGGUGGAAAUACUAAAAUGGCAUACAAAUUGCUUGAACUACAAAAUAUGGGGAUAUACUGGGAUACAACAGCUGAAGUUUAUAGCGACAUGUCUUUGGGUGAAUUAGCAGCACACAUGUUAUCGGCAAUUGGGAAGCGUGAUCAUGAAUAUAUCCUGACACCAGUGAGUGCAACAGCUUGUGUGAAGCGCAACCUGAGUGAGGCUCCUCUGCGGUCACGGUCAUCACCUCGCAUAACAUGUGACCUCAAGCUAGAAAGGUUCCCUCUGAGUCUGAUAGAUUCUCAGUAUCGUCAGGCCGUGAAAUGGAACAAGGAAUAUGAUCGUUUAGAGAAAGCCCGUCACUACAGGAAAUGGAGACCUACGUGCACAGUGAAGGAAAACCCAUAUGACUGGUGGCAGUAUGCUAUUCAGUCCCAUCUUGAUAAAAUCCACCGGCGCUAUGCUGGACGGAACUGGACUGCAGCCCAACAAAGAGCAAGGGACAUUGUUACGUAUGUGAAUGUUUACAGUGAUCACCUGAGAAACCCUGCAACUGUUCUGACAGAGCACAAAGCCCACCAGCUGAAGAUUGAGCAGGAGCUGGAUUUCUCAGAACUCCGAGCACUUCGAGAGAUGGCAAUGGAGAAGGUGGCAAAAGAACAGGAAGCUUCUCGUACUAGUGCAUCCCCCCCUCCCCCUCCCAUGAGCCCAAUGGAGACAGAAGAGCCCACAUCCCCUACUCAGAGUGGCGAGGGCAUCCUGCACCGCUGGUUCCCCAUGUGGGGGGGAUGGUAUUCAUCAGACACUGAACCCACUUCCCCAACAACACCUCCAGAAGAUCAGAAGGUGUCAAAGGCCCCAGAGGUGGAGCCCAAGACACCGUUAGCAAUAGAAUCUCCUCAAGGCCCCAAAGAAUCUGAUAAGCAGGUGUCAGGAUCCCUUGAAGAAGAAAUCCUUUAUGUGCUAUCAGAUAGUGUGGAAAACAACACAUUCAUGAAGAGAGAUGCUGUGUUUUGCCAGCUAAGCUUUACCUUGAAGCAAGGCAUUUUCUCUCUCUCGUCAAAGAAGCCACCAUCCCCUGGGUCAUCUACAGAGGGGAAGGAAAAAAUGGAACUGUUUGAGCUGGAGUUUGCGAAUGUAAAGAUGGCCCUAGAAUCACGUCCUAGAAGCAAAUCAUAUAAAUUUGACAUUGAACUAGGUUCAAUGAACUUAAAGGACAAGGUCACCGAGGACUCUGCUUUCCCUCUGCUGGUGUCCCCUCAGACCCGAGACUCUGGCUCUGGCCUUAAGGCAGCCAUGUCACGAACUUCGACCAUGUAUGCAAAACUGACCACCAUGAUAUCUCCAUCACAGAACAAGACUGAAGGUCCCUUGUUUUCUCUCACUUAUGAAUCUCGACCUUUUAAUUCCCGAGCAGAUCAUAGGCUGAUUGUCAGUUCCACAUCCUUGGAUAUUGUGUACAAUCCCUCCGCCUUGGAAGUCAUAAGUAAUUUCUUCACCACACCCUACCAAAAGAAAGAGGGUUAUGGCCACCCAGCACAAAUGACGGCCCUCACUACAGCUGCAAAGAAAAGAUAUGAAGAACUGAAGGAACAGACUAAACAAGAGUUGAAGAGGAACUGGGAUCAGAUUAUGGAUGGAGGUCUUAUGAUGAGGAAACGCUGGGACAUCAAAUUGGACAUAUCAGCUCCACAGAUCAUCAUGCCAGAGCAUUUCAGAGAUCGCAAUGCAACACUGGUCGUGCUUGACUUCGGAAAGCUGAUCUUUUGCUCAGCUCAACCUUUGUCUCAGACAAAGCUUAAUGAUGAACUGGAUACUGUCAGUGAUGAUGAAGAUGAAUUUGCAACCCCUUGUUCCACCCCUGAUGAGUUGGAAACGAUGUCCUUGGAUGGAACUAAAGAGGGGUUGGAAAGGAAGUCAUCUUUGCCUGACAAGCAAGCUAUGUUCUCUGAGUCUGAUUUGCAUGACCGGAUUUAUGACAGGUAUGAUCUUCGACUCUGUGAUAUGCAGGUGCUAGUUGGAAAAGUACGAGAUAAUUGGCGAUUUGCCUACCUGAAAGGCACAGGACAAAUGCAUGUCUUAGACAGAUUCAGCAUCAACUUGCAGCUGGAGAGACGUGUAGUAGCCAUGCCAGAUGCACAACAGCAGUGGCCCAGUGCCACACUGUCUGGCACCUUACCCAGUCUGGUGGUCCAUGUUAAUGAGCAGAAAGUACAAGCUUUGAGGACAAUGAUAUCUCAGUUCUACAGUGAUCAUGCGGCAAAACCUGUCCGGGUGGAUUCAACAGACUCGGACACAGUUACUGGAGCGAUGAGUAGGUCUAGUACUCUGACCAUUGAUGACCAGACAUUGGAGGACCUGAGCAAGGGAAGCUCCUCCCCAACAGAUGAGGGCAAACUGUUGGUAGUGCAGUUCACUGUAGAUAAGAUGUCCUUGGAGCUACAGUCUCGUGGAAGGAGCAUUGCAGAAUUACAGGUCACUGGAGUGAGAGCCAAUCUAAACAAGCGCCCCUUUGAUAGCACAGUCACACUCAGUGUGCACUCCCUCCUCCUGGUGGAUGCCUUACAGACCUUUGGACCUGACUUUGAGUUGCUUGUUGCCAGUCAUAAGCAUGUCAGUAUGGACAGUGUGAGUGGUAGCUUACUGGACAGUGAGCCAUGUUCGCCCACAUCACCUGCCUCCCCAGACCACAAUGCACCCUUUAAGCCCACCUCUCCAGUGACCCUUAGUCAGGCCAUAUCGUCAUAUGCAGCUUCAAGAGCAUUGCUUAUACCAGCCCAAUCUCCGCCUCAGACCUCUCGGAACCUCUCCACGCCCCCUCUUAUUAGCUCCCCCAGCUUUGGUGGCAUAGGUAGUGGACCCCAGCUGAUGGAGAAUCGUGAUGCAGAGGCCCUUAUUACACUAGAAGUCACCUAUGUGUCAUCAGAAUGCCCCUCACAACAGGGGGCUGGAGCAUUGCUGCUUGCAUCCGUUCAGUUCAAUACCUUGGAUAUCAUAGCCAACCAGGAAACAGUGGUUGAACUGGUUGGCUUUGUGCACCAGCUAUUCCCACAUCAGCCCCCUUCGUCAUCUUCACGCUUCCAUACCCACAUGGCCAGUGCAGCCCCCAUGAGCCCUAGUGCAACCAUGUCGCCAGAGAAAGAGGAACAAGGUGGCCUCUCCCAUGCUACAAGCAUGUAUUAUGUAGCCCCCCAGAAGAACCCUGUGCGAGCAGAGGUCAGCUUUGACUUCCACAAACUGACUGUUCUCCUUCUCAGAGGGGUUUAUAAGGACAAGGAACUGGUGGGCAGGAAAGUGUGCACUGCAGUCCUUUCUGAUGCUAAAAUACAGGCAACUGUUGAAAACGACAUCUUGACAGUGGAAGGGUCAUUAGGUGGGUUCCAAGUGCGUGAUGUGACUCCGGAAGGCAACAAGCAUCAGUGCAUUAUAAGUGUUGGCCAAGACCCCAUAGUUGAGCGCUCACAGGAUCUGUUUUCUCGGUUGAAUAGUGACAUCUACCGCUCAUACUCACAAUCAGAUAGUGCAGCAAGAGCCUUCAGCUUUACUGUUAUCCGACCAGUGGCAUUCUCAAGCUCCAGUACGCAGAGAUAUUUACCUUCACCUGAUGAUGAAAAUCUGACGGUGAAGUUGCGACUAGCCUCUGUCUGCUACACCCACUCGCCCCACUUCCUUCUUGAGUUGCGCUCAUGUGCUACAGAGUUCAAACAGUACAUGGCCCGUGUUGCGUCUUCCAUCAAACACGCUGCAACAGAAAUGGCCAUGGGCCUUGUGAGCAAGCGAAUUGAGUCCUUUGUAAAUCUGUCGGGUAGUGCCUGGGAGGCUUCACCUCGUCACCGGCGCAGAAUGAGUGUCUCGCAUUCUACUGACACCCUAAACCUGCCUGCUCCUCCUCCAGCAUCAGCCUCGGGGUCAAGGUUCAGCCCAGCCCACGAGGAGAGCACAGAGUUACCAUUUUCUCUAAAUCUAGAUGUGAUAUUGGAAACCCCUGUUGUUGUCAUUCCUGAGUCGCUGAACAGCCCAGAUGUUCUGGUGGCACACCUUGGCCAAAUAACAGUUGCAAAUGCACUCCCACCCCAGUCAGUCAACCAGGAGACAUUCCUCUCCUUCCCACCUAGCAAGGUUGCAGAGUACCAAGUAGCAGUGCGGGACAUGAGUUUGUUUUCACUCAAUGUAGAGGAGAGACUCAAGAGUCGAGACACAACUUUCCAUGUGACAACAGAGAUGUAUUUCAAAUGUUGCCUAAAGGAAUACACUGUAGCAAAUAUACUUUUUAUUCUUAUUAUUCAGCUUUACGAAUUGCCAAGUGCAAGAGUUGUCGUAGCUGUCACGCUGGAUGGCUCAGCAAGGAAGCUGGUCACCAUCCGCUCAGCUUUGAUCCUCGCCAACCAACUUCACUAUCCUGUGGACGUCAAGCUGGAAAAUGUCGCACUCAGAUUAGGGGAUGUAAAAGUCCUUCAAGUGGCUCCCAAGUCCAAAGUACCUGUCCCACUGGUGUAUGCUUGGGCUCGGAUUUUGGUGCGGCCAGUCACUGCUCCUGGGGGUGGUUGGCUGCAUUGCCAGGAGCCGCUGCACUGGCUCACCCUCCUCCAGCCCCGGCAGGAGGCCACAGACCUAAGAGCUUGCCCUGCCAUCAACACGCACUUGCCACCUUUUAGGUUUUGUGUUCAUGUGAAGAGAGACAAUUUUCCUGUGGAUUCGUCCCCCCCUUCUCCUCCCACAAACUCUCCACAUUUAACACCUCGACAUAAUGAGUGGGUUCAACCAGGUCACACAAUAGUGCUAGUGAGCCCCUUGACCUUGGUCAACCUCCUCCCAUAUGACCUACACUACGAGGUCAAGGCAACAGGCAAUGUGGGUCGUGUUAAACCAGGAGAGGACGACUGCCUUCACUCUGUUGACCCAGCCCAGAGUAUCUCCCUCGCUCUAUGGACAGAUACUCUUGAACCUUGUGGAGAGAUAACAUUAAACCCAUCUACCUCCAUGUACGUGCUGCCAUUUAAGUUACAGGACUCGCUGAAACGUAUCCUGUACAUUCAUUUGAAAGUGAAGCCGCAGUUUGGAGGAGCCCUAAAGGUUGUCAUAUAUGCAGGGUAUUGGCUGAUCAACAAAACAGGGUUACCCUUAGUCUUCAAGCAGGAGGGUGUAUCAGCUGAUGCUGCAGGGCAGGACAUGGAGCAUGAAGUAGCUCGUUGUGCAGCCCCAUUGAUGUUCUCUUUUACUGAUCGUGAUGCUAACCCUAUGCUUGUUGCGAGAGUUGGACGCAACUUACACCCUGAGUCAAGAGCACAGUUUUGCCACAAGCUGCCCCUGACACAAGGGACAUGGGUUCGCCGUCUCAGAGUCAGUCCCUCAGAUGCCCGGCCAGACCAUGUCUACAUUGUUGGUGUUGAUGUGAGACCUGGCCGUGGACGAUACAGAGACACGUACAUGGUCACAUUCUCACCUCGCUUCCAGAUUGAGAACAGGUCCUCUCAUGAGCUGAUUAUUGCGCAGAAAUGCUUUACGACAUCCUUUACCGACCCUGGAGCCCAGUCCACCUGGUUACGAGCCAUCCCAGGUUGCUGGCUCCCCUUCCACUGGCCGCGACCAGACAAGGACCAGCUGUUGUGCAUAUGUCUUCGAGAUGUCCAGGGGUGCCAUUGGUCUGGUGGAUUCUUUAUAGAGAAGAUUGACUCUUUCUACCUGAAUAUUCGAGAUGGCAACAGUCACUCAUAUUUUAUCCGUGUAGAAGUCAUCAUCAAUGAUGCCACCUACUUCAUUGUCUUCACUGAUGCAGAGUCCUUGCCUCCUCCCUUUCGCAUUGACAACUUCUCUGAGGUCCCAAUCACCUAUUACCAGACUGGCACUCAGGAGGAGAGGUUAAGAACUAUAGUCAAGCCACGCUCUUGUGUCGCUUAUGCCUGGGAUGAUGUAAUGUUGCCACCUCACCUUACAUGUGUUGCCCCAGGGGGAACCUCUGCCACAUAUAAUUUGAACAUCCUCUGUGAGGGUGCAAGAUUAACCUAUGAGAAUUUCAUCUACAUUGCUUUCACAGGGACAUUUCGCAAAAGGUUGCCAUUACACAUGGCCUGUGGCAGCAGCAGUGCUGAUGGCAGUGAUGUGACCUUAGACCCUACCGAUGUUGAGUGCCAGCAGCUGGUUCUGGAUGUGCCAGAGGGGACACGGGUCAAACUGGCUCGCAAGGAGGUCUCACGCACACAGCUGUGGCGCAUGACCUCCACAGGAAUGCUGCAGCAUGAGGGGUCAUCCCCGCCCCAUGACCCAUCAAGCAAACAGUCACGCAGCAACUCUAACAUUCUGGCAAGGGGCUCCACUAAGAACAGGAAAUCCAAAGUCCAAUCUCUUGUGACAAAAGUGAAAGAUCUUGACCGUAGGCGGAAGCUCAAGAACAGGCAACCCUACUUGGUCCUAGACAUAGCAGGUCCAGCCCCACAGCCUACAGAAUACACACCUCUGAUGCUGCGAAAGCCUGAUGAGAGGAGGUCCCUUACACAGACAUGGAGGUUUACUGAAGACGGCAGGCUAUGCUGUGUGCAUGUCAAUAUGUAUGUGCAAGCCAAGGAUGGGUUCCUUGGAUUGGCUCCAGGGUCAGGAUGUGGGGGGUCAUGGCAGCUGUGGAACGAUGUAGUUUUGGGUCCUCCGCAAUUGGUCCACUAUGGAACAAUGGAGAAUGGCGUACCUUUGGAACAAGCCAUAUCCAGGCAGCGUUUGCGGCCGGGGUCAGGCGUGCUGGCUGUGAAGGUUGACACAGAUGGACCAACAAGAGUCCUGCAAAUUACAGAUGUUCACAGCAAGAAUGCCUCCAUGGUGGCCCGAACGGAGAGCGGAGACUGGGUGAGCGUGAGCGAGGAGGGAGGAACGACCACCAUCAAGAAGACCAGUGCUGGAACGCAGCAGGUCAAAGAGGGGUCCAAUCUUCAGGAAGUACAGAUCCAGCUCAACAUUCGUGGGGGUCUUGGACUGUCAGUCAUCCAGCGCAGCCCACCAGAAGAACUUAUCUAUGCCAAGUUUACCGAUAUUGUCUUUGAAUACCAGAGCUCCACACAGCAUCACUCUGUGCACUGUAGUGUGAGAGAUAUUCAGGUGGAUAAUCAACUGUUGAAUGCUCAGUGUCCUGUUGUGCUCUAUGUAACUCCACAAAGCAAGAUGGAUGAAACACGUCACCUCCCUGCUCUCUACCUAACUGCCCAUCAUCUAGUAUCAUCAUGUAGUAAUGCUUACAUCUUCAAGAACCUGAUGGUGACCUUAAAGAACCUCACCCUGACAAUAGAAGAAGCCCUACUCUUCAAGUUGUUCCUGAUGGCUGGCUAUGAUCAGUCAGACUCUGAACUGGAGAAGGUGGAGGAACACCAGUAUGACAUGCGAAGAAUGCUAGCUGCGGCCACCUCAGUCAAUGCAACAAGAUACUAUUUUAGCAAUCUAGAACUUCAGCUUAACCAAGUCAGGCUAAGUGUCCUAACAUCGAAAAAACUAAGCCCUGACCUCCAGAAUAUUAAGCGUAAAAUGGGUCUUACCCUUGUCCGCUUCGAGCAUGCAAGUGUUAACCUAGAACCCUUCAGGCGGUGCCACCCCUUUGAGACCUCACGAUUCUUGUUUGACUGCAUCACCAAGCAUUACAAGGAGGAGCUGAAAUCGCAAGCAAUGAGCAUUUUAGGAUCAACAGACUUCUUAGGUAAUCCGUUUGGUUUCUUUGCUGACGUGAGCGAGGGCGUAAGUGAGCUGGUUCACGAAGGCUCUGUUGGUGGUCUUGUGUGGAACGUGACGCAUGGCAUGGCCAAUUCUACUGCCAAGGUGACGGGGUCGUUGUCUGAUGCUGUCGGGCGUGUGACGAUGGAUGACAAGCACGAGGAGCACCGCCAGAGACUCCGCAACAAGCAGACGGCUAGUGGGGCGGAGCACAUCGCUGCAGGAAUACGGGGGCUUGGCCUUGGCUUGUAUGGUGGCCUCACUAGUAUUGUGUCCCAAACAUAUACCGGUGUCACCCAGGAGGGCAUUCCAGGAUUUUUCUCUGGCUUUGCUAAGGGCAUGGUUGGCACCGUGACGAAGCCGGCCAUUGGGUUCUUAGACCUGGCCAGCAGCACGUCUCUGGCUGUUCGUGAUACCAGCAAAAAUCCUUCACAAAAGAUGCCACUACGUACUCGCAAGCCAAGGUUGGUGAUUGGGUUGAACGGGAUGAUGCCAAGAUACUCUGCCAACCAAGCUAUUGGACAGGAGCUGCUUCUCUCUUUUGACAACACUCGUCAAGAAAUAUUCUUUGGAUAUGAAGUGCUUCGUGAAGGUGAAGAAGACUUACGAGUCCUGAUAUCUAGUGAACAAGUGCGGGUGUUUAGUCAGAGUGAGCCCAUGCUGCCUCCAACCUCUGUUCUUAAUGUCUGUUAUAGGGAUUUGUAUCAGUGCAAGCCAGUGGUUCUCCAAGUUGAGGGAUCAUUAGUGGACCACAAACAUUACAUUGAACUAACUCUCAAGGCAGAAAAGACUGAAGGCAUAGCACGAGCUUCAGAAUUGGCCUACAAACGGCCAAAGGUGCGCUGUGAUUCAAGAAACAUUGCUUGGAAGGUUGCUCAACAAAUCAACUAUGCAAGGAACUUACAUGAAGAAUUAAGACAGACCCUGCAUAGCCAGGAUGAAGACAGUGUUGACGAUUAGUAUUCACCUGAAGACCGACCAAUUCCAGUUUUGUUUUAAUCUAGUCUUUUCUAUUUUUAUUGUUAUUUAAUGGUUACUUUGGUAUUCAGUAGUAGUUCUUGUUGUGGCAAUUGUUACUAAAUGUGCAUUUAAUGUAUUUCUCUGUUUGUACAAAGACAAUGUAGAACCAUUUAUUUUUUGUGAAAGUAUACAGUUGUAUAACCAAAUGAUAUUAUCACUUGCAUAUAUCAAGACAAAGCUGUGUUGAAAGAUAAAGAUAUAUAUAAAUAUAUGAAUCUUUGUAAUAUAGACCUAUAUAU